UUUAUACAUUGUCUUUGUAUUUGCAGCGUUGUAUUGCAUGGCCAUUGGCCAUUUCGGAAGACCCAUCUGUUGUUUGUGGUAAAGCAAACCAAAGUAAUAUGAAAAAAACUCGCAUGUCCUGUUUAAAACAAAGAAACAUGCAUUUGAGUUACAGGUUUCACUGGUAAAAUAGCUGUUAGAUUGUCUUGAGAAAAAAAUCUGCAAGGGCGAAACAUGAAAAUUUAUCAUUGUCAUCUCUUUGGUAAUCGGCAAGCUGUUAAACAUCUCGAGUAGCAAUGCAGGAUAUCUAUCUGGCACAAUAAAAAGUCAGACUAAAAAUAAUAAGUUUAUUUAUAGAUAGAUCAUAGUGUUCACGUUGGAUAGUUCAAUUUGGCUCUUUUCUGCACGUGCACAUAUUCUAGACGUCAAAAAUCACCAAUGGCAAUGACGUUUCACGUGCGCGUGCGGAGCACCACGUCAAGAAAAUGACUGUCAACAUUGCUUUACCUGUUAAUUGCGUUCGUACAGGACUUAUACUUGGAGGAAUAUCUUUAAUUAUUUGGGAGAUUUGAUUCUACAAAAAUGACGUUUGUUUACAGCUACCGAGAUAACACCUAUCAUAGGAUUAUAAAUGAAAGAACUGCAGCUUUCAGCAGACAGUCUUUCAGUAGUGACGAGGAUUCGGAUGAAGGAGAGCAUAUUGACCACGAUUACAAUGCUUCUCAAACCUUUGGAUACCGGUUCAUUAAUAAAGGACGGUGGACAAAAGAGGAGGAUGAAAAAUUAAAAAAGGUUCUGGAAUACUGUGGUACACAAGACUGGAAACUUGUGGCAAAGUACUUUGUUGAUCGUACUGAUAUACAGUGUCAGCACCGCUGGCACAAAGUUUUGAACCCAGCCCUAAUAAAAGGCCCCUGGACAAAGGAGGAGGACGACAAAGUUUUGGAGCUUGUCCAGAAAUUUGGUCCAAAAAGGUGGACACUUAUUUCCAAACUUCUGAAUGGUAGAACUGGCAAGCAGUGUCGAGAAAGGUGGCACAACCAUCUGAACCCAGACAUUAAAAAGUGUGCGUGGACAGAGGAGGAGGAUCGUCUUAUCUACUCUCUCCACAGACAGCUUGGAAACAGAUGGGCUGAAAUAGCAAAGUUCUUACCUGGAAGAACUGAUAAUGCAAUCAAAAAUCACUGGAAUUCAACAAUGAAGCGCAAAUAUGAAGACGAAAAUUGCACGGACCAGCAAGUUGGUAUAUAUACCCAGGCCUUUACACCCAGUACCUCAACAAACUACCAGUCAGUGCAGCCCGUACAGCUUUUCCCAAAUGUCCGUGUUUCCUCUGACAAUACUGGCAACUCCAGUAGUACUCCAGUAAAGAGUGAAGACGGAAAGGUGCCUGAAUUGGGGUCUGGUUUUAGUGGUCUUUCCUCUCUGGACCUCAUCAGUGGAACUGGAUCAAUAACAGGUGUAACUCCCAUCAAGUUUACAGCUUUAAAUAGCAAAGGUUACAGAUUUGAUGGGAAAGCUAUCCAACGCCUGAAAAGUCCUGGACGUCUUAUUCCCAUUACAUCUCCAGUUACCUCCAAAUUCUCCAAGCCUGCCAUCCUAAGGAAGGGCAAGAGGAAGAUCUGUUUGCCAAGCAAAAGUGAAAAGGAAAGUGCUAAGACGCCACGGACAAACUGGACGGACAUGUCCAGAAGGGCUCCCGUGAUGGACGAAUCUGUUUUCCAAAAUGCCUAUAAAGAGAACAUAAAUAUUUAUUCACUGGACAACAAACCUCCUCAUGGAAACCAUUUAUCACCGUAUUCAUCGGAUGAUAAAGAAGAACAUUUGACUCCAAAAGGAACGCCGAUAAAGAAUUUGCCAUUUUCUCCUUCACAAUUUUUGAAUAGUCCUGAAAUUCCUUUUGGUAAAGUGACAUCAACACCCGUAUGCAGCCAGCUUCAUAUGGCCACACCAACCAAUAAUAGUGUUCUGGACACUCCAGAGAUCAAACGGGAUUCAAACACACCAAGGGAUUUUUACUGCACACCAAGGAUCCGACGAUCUAUACUUAAUGCCACUCCUAGGACUCCUACUCCAUUCAAGACAGCUCUGGCCGAGAUGGAAAAGAAAGCAAGAACAUUUAAGGACAUUAGCCCAGGACAGCUGGAUGACCUGAACGAGAUGAUCAAGGAGGACACUGGCUAUGAGGGAGAUCUGUCAACCAUGGACUUCAACUUAACCCCUAGGGAGAACAAGCAAAACAAACAGGAAGAUAAAACUAACAAGGCAAGACAGUCCCUGAAGUGGCCAGUGUCUGAAGGGUCCAUCUUCACCAGUACCGAGUCCCUCCUUAUGUCACCAGAAACUCCGAGCAAAUCGCUGAUUGGAGACACCAGUAUCCUGUUUUCUCCGCCCUCGAUUAUUAAAGAGACGCUGGCCGAGGAAAUUAUGGAAGAUGUGUUUGCUGUCCCAAAACCAUCUCAGCAGGAAAAAGCAAAAGAGAUGCGCAUUGGGAAGAAGUCCAUAAAACGAAUAAAAUUCUCAGAUAGUGCUUGUAUAAAAUCUAUUGUAAAGCUGGAUUCUGCUUUUGAGCGAGUUGCAUGUGGAAAGUCUGAUGAUCAAGUGACAAUGACCGAUCUUGCUCGUCGUUUUCUUACCCAGAAAGGAGGCAUGCUUUUAACAUAGAGGUUUUUGUUGGAGCCUGUAUGACGAUGGGUGUUGUAUUUCUGUGAUAGACCGAAUUGUAUGGAGGCGUGUAUAUGUGGAAAAGACUACAGACAUAUAUAUGUGUCUUAUUUGGGAUUCCUGCAAUUUUGCAUUUAUAUAUGUUAAAAGACUUGCAAAAAUGGCUUCUUUAUGUAUUUAAAAACACAAAAAAAUUAUUACUUUGUAGAGUAUUCCAGUCUUAAUUGUUCUAUGAGAAUAUGACGAAUCAUUAAUGCUGCUUUAAUUUGUUGAUACCAUUGAUAAGUUUUUUGUAUAUCAGCUAUGACUUUUGUUACUUUUCUUGAAAAGUAAAUAAUUAAGCCCUGUAAGGCAACUAGUUACUUUCUAUCCUCCUUGUAGUGAACAUUAGAUUCCACUACAGGGUACUCUGAAGGAGCGUCAUAUUAUAGGCCAUUUUAGAAGUUCAUAACAAUGUUGAUCUUUUUGUGUUGUGUGUGUAUAUCUUUUCUAGUGCUACAGUGUGUUUUUGCGGAAAGUUCAUUUUCAGUGUCAAAGUAGUACUAUUUCUUUCAUUCUCUUGUUUUCUUUUUGUUGUGAUAUGUUGCUUCCUUAAUAGAACGGUCUCUUUGGAAAGUAAUUCAAUGGAGCUGUAUUUUGUUUUGGGAUAGAAAUGAUAUGGUACAUUCAAAUUGUUUCAAAGUCAGAUGCAAGAUCUUUUAGGAGAAAGAUACAUGAAGGACUUUUAUCAUUUUAAAGAGGAACUGUUAUAAAACUGUCCAGGUAAAGAUCUUUGUAACAUACUCCUUUUUGAAUAUUGUCAUCAUUUUUUUAAACUACCAUAUGUAAGCAGAAAUAAACAUGGAUUUUGAUAUUUAAGCCUACCUAUAUUACAGUUCUAGAAAUGCCAACUAAAGCUAUUUCAUUUACCUGUGUAUAUCAGUCAACCUUUUCAGUCAAUGUUAUUUGCUUGCCCUGGGCAUAUUGCAGGACAUGUAUGUAAUAUGAAAGAAACAUUUCAGCAGAAACCUUUUUAAAAAAAAAAGUUAAUUCGGUGGGUUUUUUUUGGUUUUUUUUUACCAAAAUGACCAUCCCACAAUAGAAUUUUGAAUUGGAGGAAACAUGUUAAUAACUGUCAUUCUUGAAGAUUUCUUUUUGGCAUUUAUUCUUGAAGUGUCGCCCCUCUUUAUAGAAGUUUAGAUGAGUUUUGAAAAUAAUUUUUCGUAUUUUAGAGUGCUGGUGAAUAUAUUGUUUUCUAGUGAAAAGUUUUAAUAAUGUUAUUGGGUUGUUGUGCAUGCAUAUAUAGAUAUAUAUAUAAAUACUUAAAAGAAUAUAAUAUAAAAAAUAUGUUUGUGGAAUCUGAAAUCAAUAAUUAGAGUUGCAUCUUUUUUUCUUUCUUUUUUUUAGUAUGAGUCCUUCCUCAUAAAACAUGAAUAAGAUGUCCCUCAUAAAAACAUGAAUAUGAUGUUGCAUGAAAAAUGCAAUGACCUGAUAUUGAUCAUUCUCCGUCAGUUAUCAUUCAAUCCAACAAACCAUGCCACAAUGGUUUAACAUUGUCAUCCUGUACACUCACUAUUACAUCAAAUUCCUUUCAGAGUGGUGAUGUUAUGCGCCAUUUCUCCAUAAGGUGUUUGACAAAAUGAACCUUGUCACAUGUUUCUGCUUUGUGACAGGUAGUCGGACUGAUAGUGGGGCCUUUCAAACUUGUCCAUUUUCUAGCAUAGCACUUUUAGUCUAUAAAUGAUUCUGUAUAUAUAUGUAUUAAUAUCUCUAUAAAGACAUUAACUAACUUUGUAUGAUUAUAAAAUCAUCUAUAUGUCCACACCUUGACAACAAUGUACAACGAAUUUUGGUUUUAUUUUAUAGCUCAAAACAUAUUUUACAAAUAUUUUUGAUGUAUUCCUCAACUUUGUGACAUAAGUCACUUUUAAAAGAUAAUUUUAUGGAAAGAGAAAGUCAAUUUUUGAGAUAAACUAUACAUAAUUUUUAACAUCUAUAGCAAAACUUUUUUUUUUGAUGUGCAUGUAAAGAUGUAUUAUAUCUGUGUGUGGUUCCAUUAACAUUUAAUAUGAAAAGUAGGUUUUGCAAUGGAAAGUUUUGUAAUUUUGAAAUUACUGAAAGAAGAAAAACCUUUUUAGCAUUAACAUGUCUUUGAGAGAUUUUGAAAAGUUUUAUUUUGGAGGAGUGCUGUGUUUUAUAUACCUCUGUAACUUUAUUAAAUGAAAAGAGGCAGAGUUUUUCUGAUGAUGAUACUGACAAUGUUAUGGACAAGCUGGCCUUUCCUUUGCCUAACUUGUGGUAUUUGUAUAUGCACUUCGAAUCAAUAACAAGAUUCACACCACCAAAAAAUACAUGCAGAAGUAUGUUGUAUAUCUGAAAAUAAAUGUUUAAUUUGGUUAGAAAAGGUAUUGGAAUUCAGAUAGAAAGGUUAUUAAAAUGUAAACAACCACUCUAGUGCUAGUUUUAUAGAAAAUGCUUAAAUAAAGCCAUACAUUCUUUUUUUAAUGAUUCCUUUAAUUAUAUAUAUAUAUAAAGACAAACUAAACAUCUAUUUUGUUCAUUUCUAAACACCUCAGGAUGGUAACAGCAAGUGUGACUCUCCAUAAGAUUUCCGUCAGUCAUUAGUAGAGAUGGAAUGGUUAGUGUUCAGACUUGACCACUUGGGGUGGGGUAGGGCUUGGUUGGGGAAGUAUAUCUACGGGAGUCUCCGACUUACUUUGUUUUUAUUUAUUUUAAAAUUGAAAGAUUUAUUAAGUAGUUAUUUAUUUCUAGUAUCAGAAUGUUAUCUUUGAUAUAGGCUAAGAGUUAUCUCACCAAAUCGAUAGAUUAGCCAAGUUUUAUAGCAUAGAUUUGUAGCAUCACACCUAGCAUGAACUAUUGUCAUGACAACAGGAUUGAAGGUGGUGCUUGUAUAAUAAGAGUGUGUGAUGGAAAGAGGUAUUCAUUCUUGCAUGCUGUAAUGUUUCAUUAGUGAAUGAAUGAAAGAAGGUUGUAUUCACUUGCUAAACAGAGUUUCCUUAGUUAAUAUGGGAUAACAGCAUUCAAAUGAAUUGAAUAUGGUACCGUUUAAUUCUGUGUAGAGUACAAGGGAAGGUGGUUUUGUUGAUCGCUGUACUGUGUUUUGUUAGUAGAUGUACAAGAGGUCACCGGGUAUGUAUUGCAGAAUAAAGUAAAAUUUUUGUUAGUGAAUGUAUGUGGGAAGGUUGAAUGUGUAUUCAUUGUCACUUGUACUGUGUUCUUUUAGUGAAUAUAUUCAAUGCUGAAUAAUGUACAGUUUUUGUUAAUGGAUGUAUGAGGGAAGGAUGUAUACAUGUUUGUUUUUGUCAUGCACAAGAGUGAAAUGGUGUCAGUACCUUGUUAUUGUGGAGUGCUGUAGAUUUGGCUGUGUAUCAAUGGUAUAAAUCUCCUUCCCAUCUAUACUUUUCAACAGUAACAAUAGAAAUUUAUUGAUGUAUGCUGAUGAUUUGUGUGCAUGGUAAGUUUUAUUGUUGUCUUUGUAUUGCAUUUUUUCCUCAUUGUUAACUUGACUAUGACUGCAACUCACUGGAAUAUUAUAGAAAUAAUUAAAAAAAAAAAAAUGAACACACAUAAACUUUGGUAAAGAUAUGUGAAUAUAUGUGUACAAUAAAAAUUCCAUGGAUUCAUUAUAUUUGUUUCUUUACCACCCUCGUGUCCUUUUGGAGUACAUUUAAAGUUUCAUCUACAACUGCUAAAUUUUGUAUUUGAAUCCCUCCUCGAAUGGUAGCAUCCACCACUAAAAUCUAAUUUUGUUUACACAUACAUGUAUAGAGUUAUGGCCCUUUUAACCAGUGUGUUUCAUAUUCUUUGUAACUUUAUGAUUUGAAAAUUUUGAAAUAACAUGCAAGGAUCUUUUGGAAUAGCAUUACAUGCUUGAAUCUUCACAGAUGCUCAUUUGAUACCAUUUUGAGUUUAGGGGUAAGAUUCUUUGCUAUGAGUGCUUUUAUUUGUAUUAUCCAGAAGAGGGAAAAUAAAUACGAUUUUUAAGUCCAUUCUUAAUUUACUAACUAGAAUAAUAUUUUGAAAUUUCGACCAAUCUUUUCAUUUCAUACAUAAGCCAUGUAAUAAUAUGUACAAAAAAAAAGUUUAACUAGAAAUUUUUGAUUGUAUGUUGAUGCUGAAGUUGCAUAUGAUUUUCCUUGUGUAAACUAUAUAAUUACACAAUGUGCAUGAUGUAUUUUUUAUUUCAACACAAAUUAUUCAUGAUUAUAACUUAUUUUCAAGGUAUCAUAUUUUAGCUUUUGUAAGAUGUUUUUGUUCCUAGUUGUAUUGUAUAUAUUUAUUUUCCAUAUAGGAAUGCAGAUUGUUAAUUGAUACAGAUGUAUGUUAAUUUCAUACUCCUUUUGUUGGAUUUGAUCAUUGAUCUUUUGUUUGUAUUUAUGUUGAAUUUUUGCUUCAAAAUCACUGCAAUAGUAUUAAAAUAUAAUUCCUCUACUAUCACAUUAACCAUAUACUGUACCUGUUGGAACAAACUUAUCAAUUCAAGCAAAUUGAUUUCAUUUUGAUAGAAAAUUGUCUGUGUCUAAUGAAUGGUUAACGCUAUAGUUGAAAAAUGAAUUUGAAUUUGAAUUUCUUGUUGGAUGUUUUGUAAUGAAUGUCUGUUGGACAUAUUUUGUUGUUUUCUUUACUUGAAAUAAACAUUUUAUUGUGUGAUAGUCUUAAGUGUUUCAUACACGUGAAAAUAAAUUGUGUAGUUUUUUUGUGACUUUUAAUGUUACAAAUAUUGGAUAAAGGAUAAGAUGCAUUGGAAAAAAUCUUCUAUUCUCUUUUGUGACAAAAAGCUUUAUUUUCAAUUACCUAGUACAAGGUAUUAAUACUGGACAUAUACAGAUGGUUGGUCCUGAAACGAUUAAAAUUUGUAAUUGGAACAUUGGGGGUAGUUCAUGGUAAGAGAUGCAUCUUUGUGUCUCUUUCAUACACUCACUUUUGCAAGUUUGUCGUUUAGAUUUAAGAAAUUAAGGAACUUUAUUCUUUCUUGGAUUUGUAAUCUACUGUUUGUUGAUGGAAAUGUAUUUUGGCUGAGAUUUCUGCCAAGUUGUUGAUGUAGUAGGAUCUUACUGAUGUUGUGUAGACUUAGUGAAUAAAAAUAAUGAUAAAAAAACAUGUA